AUGCUGUGGAAUGGCAAUGCCGGCGCGGAUGGGCCGUCUGAGAGGAAGGAGGAGGACUGGAUUUGGGCCUCCAAGUGCGAUUUACGGCAACUCGGAGGUGAGGCGUUUUUAAAAACUAUCGAGGAUCUUUUUCCUUCUGCCGCCUCUCGCGUGCAGACGCUUGGCAAGGCCCUGCAGGGGUGGCAGGUUGGGGUGUGGGAGUAUGCGGAACACUGGCCCUCGGCAAGAGAGCAGGUGGAGGGGACUUUUAAAUGGAGCGUUGAGAAGAGCGCAGACAACACGGUACGCCGCCGUCGGAUUUCACGUCGACGAGUGAAUAUUCGCCUAAUGGCUGAGUGCGAGAGGCUCUCAAAGCAGCAUAUCACGGAGCUUCAAAACUUGCGUGAGGAAUUAAACCUUUAA